AUGAUUUUUCUAGGGAUCACAUUUGGUACCUUGUACAUCAACUCCAACUGGUCUUGGAGGCUUCCCAGCCUUCUGCAGGCUGCUCCCUCUGCCGUGCAACUUGUUCUAGUCAUACUCCUCCCGGAGUCUCCUCGUUGGCUCAUGUCUCGUGGCAGAAGCGACGAAGCUCUCGCUAUCCUUGCCAAGUAUCAUGCGAAUGGCAAUGCAGAGGACCCUCUUGUGCGCUUCCAGUUUGCAGAGAUGAAGGCAUCAAUUGCCCUGGGUGAACAGAAGGGUCGUUGGAGCGAUCUUGUCUCAACCAGUGAGCUUUUCUUUGUGAAAUCUUACUUUCUUAACUAA